AUCACUAUUGAUACAACUCUACCUACAAGCUCCACCCCACAUCAUGGUCAAUACUGAUUUUGAAAAGAUAUACCUAAAUCAAUCAAAGCUCCCGGGAAGGAUGCGUAUUGCUGACUCUGGUCUUGGUUGGAAAGCCAUCAAUCCACCAGCAGGAUCAAGCGCAGCUCCAUCAGUUCCCUUUCUCUUGCCUCUGGAAGAAUUACUUACAGCCCAAUGGUCUCGUGGAUCUCGUGGGUAUGAAUUGAGAGUGCAGACCAAGAAUAAAGGUGUUGUAAUGCUUGAUGGAUUCGAUGUUGAUGACUUUGCCCAAUUGAAACAAGAACUCGCAAGAAACUUUUCUGUUACAUUGGAACAUAAGGAACAUUCCCUUAGAGGUUGGAACUGGGGAAAGACUGAUUUGGCUAGAAAUGAAUUGGUUUUCCAAGUUAGUAACAAACCAGCUUUUGAAAUUACUUAUGAUUCCAUUAACAAUUCUAAUUUAACUGGUAAGAAUGAAGUUGCCAUUGAAUUCAAUUUAGAUGGUGGUGCCAAUAAAGCCGGUGAUGAAGUUGUCGAAAUGAGAUUUUAUGUUCCUGGGACCGUUGAAAACGAGAAAAAGACUCCUCCAAAGAAGGAAGAAGGCGAAGAAAAAGUUGAUGAAGAACCAGAAGUGAAUGAAAUCAGUGCCGCUCAAGUAUUUUAUGAACAAUUGAGAGAUAAAGCUUCUAUUGGCCAAGUUGCCGGUGAAGCAAUUGUUUCAUUCGGUGAUGUGUUAUUCUUGACUCCAAGAGGUCGUUAUGAUAUCGAUAUGUACCCUACCUCCCUCAGAUUACGUGGUAAGACUUACGAUUACAAGAUUCAAUAUGAUCAAAUCGAUAGAAUAUUUUCCUUGCCUAAACCAGAUGAAACCCAUCAUUUGAUUAUCUUACAAAUUGACCCACCCUUGAGACAAGGUCAAACAAGAUAUCCAUUCCUUGUUCUUCAAUUCGCUCGGGAAGAAGAAACCGAAUUAGAAUUGAAUUUGAGUGACGAAGAAUUCAAUGCCAAGUACCAAGACAGAUUAAAAAAGAGUUACGAUGCCCCAACUCAUGUAGUUGCUUCUCAUUGUUUCCGUGGACUUACGGAACGUAAAUUGGUUACUCCUGGUUCAUUCCAACUGAGAUUCUUACAACCUGGUGUUUCAUGUUCCUUAAAGGCAUCAGAAGGGUAUUUAUUCCCAUUGGACAGAUGUUUCUUAUUUGUCACCAAACCUACUAUCUAUAUUCCAUUUACUGAAAUUAGUGAUGUUACCAUGUCACGUACUGGUGGAUCGCGUACCUUUGAUUUAGAAAUCAAUGUUCGUGGUUCUAACCAAUCUCACGUUUUCGGAAGUAUAGACAAGGAAGAACAAGAAACCAUUGAAAGAUUCUGUGCUGAAAAGGGAAUUAGAGUCAAAAAUGAAGAAAAGAUUGCUAAAGCCAUGUUGGCCAAGGCUAUUAAGGAAGGUGCUGCUGAUGAAAGUGAUGAUGAAGAUGUUGAUAUGGGAAGUGCUGGAGAAGACGAUGAAGAAAGUGCUGAUGAUGAUUUCCAAUCUGGUUCCGAAUCAGAUGUAGCUGAAGAAUUUGAUUCUGAAGCUUCUGCAUCUGAUUCAGAAAUGAGUGAUGCUGAAAAGGACGAUAGACCACCAAAGAAGAAGGCUAAGAAUUAAACUGUGUUUUAUAGUUUGUUAAAGUAAUUGUACAAAUUUAGUAUGAAAGAGUACCACCUCUAGUUUCGUUAAUCAAGCUAUGGAAGAAUAUCCGUCAAGCAGACUAAAACAAGGGAAUGUGAUAAUUGAUACACUAAAGUUGCUCUAUAUUAUUCUCUUGCAUAUGUGAUACUUGCCCAUCCAUUUCUAUUUGCUUGACCAAGAGGCUACUCAGUUGAUACAUUGCCUCCUUUGAAUAUACCACUUCAUUAGCAACCGUUAGAUUAUCCGAAUCUCCCCCUACCAAACCGCCUGAUUUUUCUAGUUGCAACCAAAAUGUUAAAUUAAGUUGUAUGUUAAUUUUCUCACGGUAAACAACAACAAAUUUCAACCUUAACCAUAAAAAACAAACAACCGCCCAAAAAAGAAAAUUUUACUGGCUGUCAAUAAAUAACCAAACCUUUCCAGAAACAAAUCAAUCAAUCAAGUUAACGGGGUAAUCAGACUAAACUACAAGUUGAAUAUUACCCAAUUAUAACAAUUUGCGAGGAUAGUUUGGAAUAAAACAAAAUACUACAAGUAAAUUCCCGACAACAGUUUAUUGAAAAAAAAAAGCACAAUGUCUGAGGUGAAAAGAACAAUUAGAAUAACCACGGAACAACAUAUCUUGAAAGAUGUGCCUCCUGUAGAAAACUACCCAAUGAGACAAUGGAACAUUCAGAUUAGUAUGUUGGAUGCCUCUGGUCAAGAAAUACCUGCUAAUAUCUUGGACAAGGUGACAUACACUUUACAUCCAACUUUUGCCAACCCAAUAAGAACAAUAAAACAAUCACCAUUCAGAGUCGAAGAACAAGGGUGGGGUGAGUUUGAUAUUCCUAUCUCGGUCCACAUUCUAGGUUUGGCUGGUAAGGCAGGUGAACGUAAAUUCCAACAUGAUUUGAACUUCUAUCAAGAAAAAUAUGUUAAUGACCAUGUCAUAUCGAUUCCAGUCUCCAGCACCAAGAAUCCAGCUUUGAAUAAGCUCUUAUUGGAAAGUGGCUCUUUGCCUUUUGAUGAUGGCUCUGCAGCUGGCGCCAAGAGGAAAUUAGAAGGAAAUGGCUCUUCCUCUGACUUGUCUAAGGUAAAGAAACUGAAGAGUGGAACUACUGCAGGUGCUGCUGUAAAAGGAAGUGUUGAUCUCGAGAAAUUGGCCAACGGCUUGACUAAAUUGAAUGAAGAUGAUUUAAUUGUCAUUGUCCAAAUGGUAACUGACAAUAGAACCAAUGAAAUGAAUAUCAAGAAUGAUGUUGAAAGUGGUGAAUUUACAAUGGAUUUGUACACAUUACCUGAAUCCUUGUUGAAAAGUUUAUGGGAGUAUGUCAAGAAGCAUACCACUGAAGCAUAAGUUGUUUGGUAAUGCUUUUUUUUUUUAAGUUUAAAAAUGUAGUUUGUUGAAGUUGUAGUGUAUUAGGUUUUGUUUAUUCAUAUUCAAAAUAAAUCUAGAUAAUAAUCAAGUAAAAAGAAAA